AAUGGCUAAGGUGCGAUUGGAUUCCUCAAGAACUUCACCCAGAAUUUAUUUAUCAAAAUCAAAUAAUACAAUUACAACCCCCACACACACAUCUAUCAUUCACCACUAUAUUUAACACUCUAAAUGAAAUGAUGACUUCUUCUCUUUCAAUAAGGUCUUCUCUUUCUCUCUCCAAUUCUCCCUCCUGCUCUUCUUCUUCAUCAUCAUCAUUUUCUCUCAAUUCUUUGUACUUCCCUGCUAAAACAUCAAUACCCAUUUCCCAGAAAGUAUCCAAGACUAGAUCUUUAAGUUCUAACUUGUCGGAAUCAAAAAGGGGUUUUGAGAGAUUUGGUGUUAAAGCUAGCAAGAUGGACGUCAAUGGUGAUGAACAGGAGACACCUUUUCUUGAAGAAGCUGAGACUUCUAAACCUCGUCGCAUUGCUCUUUUUGUUGAGCCUUCUCCUUUUGCUUAUGUGUCCGGAUAUAAAAAUAGGUUUCAGAAUUUUAUUAAAUAUCUACGAGAAAUGGGUGACGAGGUGAUGGUUGUAACAACACAUGAAGGAGUACCGGAGGAGUUCUAUGGAGCAAAGUUAAUUGGUUCUCGAAGUUUUCCCUUGCCAUGGUAUCAAAAGGUGCCUCUCUCACUGGCUCUUAGUCCCAGAAUAAUCUCAGAGGUCGCAGCAUUCAAGCCUGAUAUCAUUCACGCAUCAUCUCCUGGUAUCAUGGUAUUUGGCGCACUUGCUAUUGCAAAAAUGUUGUGUGUUCCAAUCGUCAUGUCAUACCAUACUCAUGUCCCUGUAUAUAUUCCAAGAUAUACUUUCAGUUGGUUAGUUAAACCAAUGUGGCUUGUCAUUAAGUUUCUGCACGGAGCAGCUGACCUAACUCUAGUACCUUCGGCCGCCAUUGCAAAGGAUCUCCUGGAAGCAAAGGUAGCAGCAGAAAAUAGGAUACGCCUCUGGAAUAAAGGAGUAGAUUCUGAAAGCUUCAACCCUCGCUUCCGUUCGUCUGAGAUGAGAUCGAGGCUCAGUAAUGGAGAGCCUGACAAACCACUCAUUGUGCAUGUUGGCCGCUUAGGUGUCGAAAAGAGUUUGGAUUUUCUUAAAAGGGUAAUGGAUGAAUUACCAGAAGCAAGAAUUGCUUUUAUUGGAGAUGGCCCUUAUAGGGAGGAGCUGGAGAAAAUGUUUGCCGGUAUGCCAGCUGUGUUCACAGGGAUGUUGCAGGGUGAAGAGCUUUCUCAAGCGUAUGCGAGUGGUGAUGUUUUUGUGAUGCCCUCAGAAUCCGAGACUCUUGGCCUUGUUGUAUUGGAGGCCAUGUCUUCUGGGGUUCCGGUAGUGGGUGCUCGUGCGGGUGGGGUCCCUGACAUAAUUCCCGAGGAUCAAGAGGGUAAAACCGGUUUUCUCUAUAGUCCCGGGGAUCUUGAUGACUGCCUAGGCAAACUGAGGCCUCUACUGCAUGAUAGAGAAUUUCGGGAGAGCAUCGGGAAAGCCGCUCGUGAAGAGAUGGAAAAAUAUGAUUGGAGGGCAGCCACAAGGACGAUCCGUAAUGAGCAAUAUACAGCAGCAAUAUGGUUCUGGAGGAAAAAGAAGGUACAUCUGAUGAGACCUGUGCAGUGGCUGUUGAAACUCUUAGUGAAAUCACCAGAAGUAAGCUACAGAUAAUUUCCUGUUAAUAUCUGGAUUAUGAUGUUUAUAAAAGCUUGUAUAAUAGUCUUGAAAUGAAGGCUUUACAUUGGGAUUUUCUAUUCUUGAUCUUGAUUGGAUUAGCCUUUUUGUUGUAUAUUAUGGGCUGUACAAAGGAUGGUCACUAUGUUGUGUCUAAAGUCAUUUAUAAAUUGAUUUGGAUGUUUAGUUUA